AGUAGGCGGUGAAACUGCUCGGAAGGACGACGGCGGCAUGUGCGAGGGUCCGUCCCGCAUCUCGGGGCCCAUCCCCCAAGGCCCUACGCUCUGUCCUGACUACUACCGGCGGCCGGCCUCGGCCCAAGGGCGCCUUGAGGCAAACGUGCUGAAGUUGGGCCUGCUGACUCCGGACCCCAACCUAGAGGCCACCCCUCCCCGCGGCCCCCGCAUCGGUCCCGGAGCCCGAGGAAUCCUGGAGCGUGGCCGGCGCGGCGUGGGUGGCGUGCUGCUGCAGCUCGAGGGUAUCUCCCUAGGCCCAGGGGCCUCUCCCAAGAGGAAGGACCCUAAAGACCAUGAGAAGGAGAACCUGAGGCGGAUCAGGGAGAUCCAGAGCUGCUUCCGUGAGCAGGAGCACAGCCGGGAGCAGGACCAGUCCAGGCCCCUGACGGCUCUGUGGCGCUCACCCAAGUAUGACAAAGUGGAGUCCCAUGUCAAGGCCCAGCUGCAGGAGCCUGGCCCUGCCUCUGGGACAGAGCCUGCCCACUUCCUGCGGGCACAUUCUCGUUGCGGCCCUGGGUUCCAACCACCCCGUGUCCCCAGUCCCCAGCUAACCCCACCAGGUCCCACUGCUAAGGGCCGAGGCCCAAGUGUGGACUUCAUUACCCACAAUGCUCGCACUGACAAGAGGCCCCCCCGGCGGCAUUCUCGCUCGCUGCAAGUCCUGGCACAGGUGCUGGAGCAGCAACGGCAGGCCCAGGAGCACUACAACGCCACACAGAAGGGUCACGUGCCCCAUUACUUGUUGGAGCGCAGGGAUCUGUGGCGGCAGGAGGCUGAGGCCCGUCAGCACAGCCAGCCGGACCCGGCCGUGCCCCCUGGCCACACUUGCAUGCCCGAGAACCAGCGGCACCAGGUUGGUGUUGUGUCUCUCCCAAAAGAUAUGUUGAAGUUCUAA